GACCCGCCGCCAUCUCCGGUCUCUUGGCUUCGCCAGGGCCCACCGGAGAGAGCUGACACCCGGGUCCUAUAAUCCUUAUGGGGGACCAACCUUGUACCUCCGGGAGAUCCACGCUCCAGCCUGGAAACACGCGGGAAAUCAAGCCUCCAAAAAAGCGCUGCCUCCUAGCUCCACGUUGGGAUUAUCCAGAAGGAACCCCCAACGGAGGUAGUACCCCUCUCCCUUCCACACCUCCUCCAGCAUCACCGGGCCUGAAGUCGCACCCACCUUCUCCGGAGAAAUAGUACAAUAUACUUCUCUCACCCCAAACCAGUCUUUGAGGGAUUGCAGUAUGACUCCAUUUCCUUGGUGCAUCCAUAAAAUAAUUAUUCAGUGAAGACAAUGAAGAUUAUUGACAACGCUACCCUGCUUUUCUGAUGUCCUGCUUCAGGAAGUUGUGAUUUUUAAGGGCUUCCCUGGUGGCGCAGUGGUUGGGAGUCCGCCUGCCGAUGCACGGUAUGCGGGUUCAUGCCCCCGUACAGAAAGAUCCCACAUUCCAUGGAGCGGCUGGGACCGGGAGCCAAGGCCGCUGAGCCUGUGCGUCCAGACCCUGUGCUUCACAACAGGAGAGGCCACAGCAGUGAGAGGGCUGCGUACGGCAAAAAACAAACAAAAAAAUUGCUUAAUACUUAUUUUUUAUGUUAAUUUAUUUUAUUUUGCCUUUAUUUUAUUUUCUUUUAUUC